AUGAACCAUCUUUUUCUUGACGAAGGCCAUAAAGGUGAACGUAGUCAUUCAACAAGUGAGAAAAAAGAAGGUGAUUUCUUUCAUGAACAUUCUCAAGCACCAGCAAAAACAGUUUGGGAAGAUAAUAUCACAUCUUCAUCAUUGUUAGGCAAUCAAAGUUCUGAUAAAAAUGAGCAACAAACAGAAGGACCAUCGGUUGAUCAUAAUGCAUUGAAUAAUGAUGGUUCACCAAAAGUACAUGAUCCAAAAAAAUCAACUAUUGGUCAACGUCGAGCACCACAACCUAAAAAAAAAGGAUUUGGUGCACAAAAAGUAUCAACUGACUUUAAAGAAAUUGAACGUAAUGUACAAGAACAAGAAAAAAUACGUGAACAACAAACUAAUCUUGAAAUAAAAAACCGUGAAGAAACAGAAAAACAACUUGAAAAACAAAUGGCAGGUCUUAAAUUUGUUUAUCAAGAUUUAAGUAAACAACGUGAAGUAGAAGAAACAAAAUUAAAACAAUCUAAUCCACAAAAAGCCGAACAAAUGGAACGUCUUGGCAUGGGUUUUGGUAAUCGAACUGGUGUAAGUCAUAGUGCUAUGACAGAUAUGCAAACAAUUCAACAAGAAGGUGUAACA